CUGGGUGUUAUAUUGAACGUACGAGCUGUAGGAGCAACAGGGGAGACGAUCUUGAUUAUAUCCAUAGAUACAAAAUAUAGAUACAGUAUCGACCGAUUGUCACCUAACGACGAAUAAUGUCCCCCCAAAUGCUCUUAACACAGCACGGUAGGAGGCGCCGAUUUUACACACCGGAAGAGGUAAAAGCACACAACUCUGCCGACGAUGCGUGGUUCUCUUUGUUUGACAAGGUGUUGGAUCUAACCAAGCUUAUAGCAAAGAAUACUGCUUUGGCAACCCCUCUAAUAGACUGUGCUGGCAGUGACAUAUCCCAUUGGUUUAAUAGCAAAUCACGGACAGUAAAAAGUUACUACAGUCAAGUUAAAAAAGUAGCGCUUCCAUAUAUUCCGAUGGGGAGAUUUAUACAUGUUAGUUUGUAAGAGAAUUCAUCUCUCCAACAGUGUCUUCGUCUUAUCGCCACACGUGGCUUGGGUGAACCCUGACAUAUAGGUGCCGCCUUCGGAACCGAGCUCAAAAUGGUGUACUAGUGAUUCGAAUGGGCUCGAAGAAAUUCCAUGGUUGUUUGCUGUGAUCUUUCAAUCAUGAUUAAAUUUUUUUUUUAGGUGGAGCGACACUCAGUACAUAAUUGGGAACAUCUCUCGUAAUGUUCGCAAGUUGAGGGUAGUGAAUACUUUGACGCAACAGUCCGAUGUCUUUGAGGUUUGUGGUGAAGAGACAAUUAAAGAAAUCCAAACUCGGCGCGGUCCAGUGUUCUCUGGCGUGACAAAAUCCGUACACACACGCCGCAACAAUAGCUACACGGAAUACAAUACCCAUGCACAGUCUUAUACAUGGAAAUAUCUGAAAGAUCGCACUUUUGUUCCGAUAGAAAUGAGCAAAACAUUGGAACAACUUGGCAUUGUGGAUGAGAGCAAAGUAUUUGAGCAUGCGGGAAUUAAUCAAGACCAGUACAUGCCCGUCGUGCACAUUUAUUUUAAUGAUGAUUUGACAGAUGACUAG